CAACAAUCAGCAACAAUCAGCAACAAUCAGCAACAGUUCAAUCAAGGUCGACUACAACCGGAGCAGAGGUGCACAUACAGCGGCAGCAACCUCUGCUCAUGCUUAGGCCUUCACGGCAUCAGAAAGGGAUGUCGCUUUGGCGCAUGAACUCCUUAAGGGCGUUGAUUUUGGCCCUGAGAUCCUCCAAGCACUGCUCCUGCGUGUCCAGUUCCUGCUGCAGGCGCCCGUUCUCCUCCGCCUGCAGACGCACGGCCUUGGCGGCGGACGGUUCGCGCUCGAGCUUCUUCUCGCGGUACGUGCGGUUCAGGUAGCGGCGUCGCGCCUUCAUAAAGUGUGUGCGAUCAGCCUUGGAGAGGUGGCGCUCUAUGUACGGCUUCACCACGCCGUUGAAGUCCUUGUGGCGAAGCAUCUCCUCGUCCCAACGGGCGUCCAGUGCACGCUUGUUGUUCGACCGCACAGCAGGUGAAAGUGCGGACACCAGGACACGUGCUGCUGACGUCACACGCACGUGCUGUUUGCUCGACAGCGUUGCCGUCUGCCGUCGUGCGUGCGUACGUGAGUGUGAGGCAUGCGACAGGCAAGCAGAGUCAGUCGCGCGAGCGAGUACGACCAUGCACCAGCCAAGGCAUUUCGUGUGGUGGGCACGGCACACGGUACAGCACACGCACGAGUGGACCCCCAAAGACAAGAAGACACGGCAGCAACGGCCACCGUCAGCGGCGGCGGCAUUAGUCGUCGUCGUCGUUGGUGUUAUGAGAAGCCAUUCAUCAUUGUUUCAUCAUCAGCACAUAUCCUCUUGUCUCACGGCAUCACGGAGGACACACAGACAACGGCAGCAGCAGCAGCAGCAGCAAGGACGAUGGCUCACCCCAGCCGUGGCUGCAAAUGUCUGGCGACACCAUCAUCGGACGAGGCGGAUGGGUCAUCAUUGCUGUUUGUUCGUGUGUGUGUGUGUGGGGGGGGGGGAGGGCACGCACGCGCGUAUGUAUGUGUGUGUGUGUGCACGUGGAUGCGUUGGAUCGAGGAGGGAGGAGCUCCGUUGUCUGGGAUCAGGCGUUUGCGCGUGUGUGGAGACGGUUGUGCACUGGGAACCAACGGGGCCUGUUGUGUGCGGCGAGCAAGGUGGGUUGUUGGGCUUUGUUAUUUCACCACGUUGUCGGGUUGUUCUUUGUCGUCAAAUUCAUAAAAUACCAAGCCAGGA